AUGUGUAGAGCCAAGACGAAUGACUCCAGCAGCAGCAGUGAUGACAGCUGUCGAGACAGCAGUAAUGACAGCCGAAGAAGUCUAUCCAGCAUCAAUGACAGGGGCAGCAGAUCAUCCAACAAUUUUGAUGGCGGCAACACUCAAUCUAGCAGCAGGACACCAUUGAUGCCCGACGGCUCUGACAUCAGUCAGAAGCCAGCGGACCACUGUAGUCUCAGGGGCCGAAGCAGAGCCAGUAGCAAUGACAGCAACGGAAAAAGGCCAGCCACCUGUAGGAGUGGCAGCGACAGGCGUAGAGCCAAGACGAAUGACUCCAGAAGCAGCAAUGAUGAUGGCAGCUGUCGAGCCAGCAGUAAUGAUAGCCGAGGAAGUCGAUCCGGCAGUAAUGACAGAGGCAGCAGAUCAUCCAGCAAUUUUGAUGGCGGCUACACUCAAUCUAGCAGCAGGAUACCAUUGAUGCCCGAUGGCUUUGAAAUCAGUCAGAAGCCAGCGGACCGCAGAAGUGAUGUGGCAGAGGAAAAGUUGACAGCCACUGUGACAAUGUACGUGAGGUGA